ACAACAGCGCAACAAUCAGAGGUUUUGGCGCAAUUCGAGGUAUGAAACAAAUGGUCUUCAAGGCCCCCGGCGCAGUGGUCAAGUUUUGAUAAGGAAAAUAAGCCGGCCAAAACGCCGUAAAAGAGAGAAAAAAAAAAAAGCAAAAACGCCGCGCCGCACACAAUGUCAUCCCCGCAAGACUCCCCCACCUUUCCAUCGAAAGAAGAUGCAAACGUCACGAAGAAAGAAUUCGCAGAAUCUCUAGACGCGAAGGACUCUCUUGCACAUUUUCGAGAGCAGUUCAUCAUCCCAACCAAGCAAGACUUGACUAGGAAGACGAUCAUCGCAAGCGCAGAAGAAGAUAAAACAGCUUCUUCGCAAUGCACGUAUCUCUGCGGCAACUCUCUGGGCCUCCAGCCCAAGAGCACCCGCACGUAUGUGGAUCGCUUCCUGCAAACCUGGGCCACCAAGGCCGUGCUGGGCCACUUCACACCGCAUGAAGAUGAGCUCAUGCCCCCCUUCGUCGAUAUAGAUACAAGGGCAGCAAAUCUGAUGGCGCCAGUGGUGGGCGCCUUGCCAAGCGAGGUGGCCGUCAUGGGCACGCUGACUACAAACCUACAUCUCCUCAUGGCGAGCUUCUAUCGCCCGACGGCGGAGAAGUAUAAGAUUAUCUUGGAGGGGAAAGCGUUUCCUAGUGAUCAUUUCGCCGUCGAAUCCCAAAUCCGGCACCAUAACCUCGAUCCCGACAAUGCCAUGAUCCUAAUUGAGCCAGAAGAUUCCUCGCAUCCACUCCUGUCCACCGAGAGGAUCAUCUCUGUAAUUAACCAACAUGCCGCGAGCACUGCUCUGAUCCUUUUGCCUGGCAUCCAGUAUUACACUGGGCAAUACUUCGACAUCGCAAAAAUCACCGCGCACGCGCACUCGAAGAACAUAAUUAUUGGCUGGGACUGCGCGCAUGCCGUCGGCAACGUCGAGCUGAAGUUGCAUGACUGGAAAGUCGAUUUUGCUGCAUGGUGUACCUACAAGUAUAUGAACUCCGGCCCUGGUUCGAUGGCCGGAUUAUUCGUGCAUGAGCGAUACGGAGCCGUGGAUAAUAGUAGUUCGUCUGGGCUAGGUUACAGACCGCGCUUGUCAGGAUGGUGGGGAGGAGAUAAGCAGACUAGGUUCGAGAUGGAUAACAGGUUCGUCCCUCGCCCUGGCGCCGCAGGCUUCCAGCUCUCCAACCCCUCCGCCCUCGACCUGUCCGCCGUACUUGCCUCCCUCGAGAUGUUCUCCGCCGCCACGAUGCCCGCCCUACGCCAGAAAUCCCUCCAGCUAACCGCCUACAUGGAAUAUCUCCUGCUAAAAGCCUGUCCGCAACCAGAAUCAUCAGGCCCCAAACUCUUCUCCAUAAUCACUCCCUCGAACCCGAUGGAGCGAGGUGCGCAGCUAAGCAUCCUGCUACGUGGGGAUAUACUGGAUGGUGUCUUCUCGCGGCUGAUGGCUAGUGGGGUUGUGGUGGAUGAGCGGAAACCGAAUGUGAUUCGUGUUGCACCGGCACCGUUGUAUAAUACCUUUGUGGACGUGUGGAACUUUGUGCAGAUUUUUGUGAAGGCAUGCGAGGAGGUGGAGCUGGAGAAUGGUAAGCGGGAGAAGUAGGAAGUAGGUAUUAGGCGUCCUCCCAUUGACAGUUCUCGUCAUCUUUUAUCGAGUAUCAAUAUGCACUGAAGUCGUUGGCGUGCGGAUAUUUUUGAGCCAAGUCUUCGUGGCGUUAAGAACGAAAAAAGACUGACUGGAGAAGUGCGGAGUAUAUAAAAUAAGCAUGGUCGUACAUAACUAAACCAAAAUAGAAAUAUAAAAAGUAUAAACGACGAGAAAAUUACAAUCGUAAGGGAGGACCAGAAGAAAGAAAAGACAGAAAAGCACCGUACAUCUUUGAAAAAAUGGGGGAAAAGGGGGUUGGUUGCCUCUACAUUACAUAUGGGACGAUCCAACAAAAAUUAUGCGAAUGAAUGCUUUCUCGGGAUACAUUCCACAUGGGCCAAAAGGACGUAAGGCCAAAAGGCACGCAACAAAAAGCACAUGGCAUCCAAAGGCCUUCCCUAGUCUAUCCCAAUCCAAAUAAAUCCAAAUUGGUUCUUCCUCCUCUCGUGGUCUUUUAUCCGGUCUCAAAUGAGAAGUAGCUCUCCCG